ACGCUGUAAACGCAGGUAGAUGUGAUUUAACAAAAUGUAAACAAAAAUAUAACUUUUUAAUAAGUUUAUAUCAGAUUAAAAUGAAACAUGAUUCGGAUCUAGGCUUAUGCACUUUGCCGCUUGAGUUUAUUCAGGAAAAUGUUUACCAGAAAUGUUUACUGCCCAAAAAUGUAUUUAAGACCUGUCGAAUUCACCCAGGCGAUUGGAUGAAAUGCAUGGUUGCUAAAGGAGAGCUCAACGGUUUUGUUUUAUGUCAGAUUUAUCCACGUGAUAUUGAUCCAAAAUGUUGCUACAUGGAUACUUGUGUCGGGACUCUUACCAGCGCAGAUGUGGAAUACAGUCUAAAUAGUUUGGAAACAAUUGCAUGUCACACACUGCCUAUUGAAAAUGUUGAGGUUACACUUGAGGUAACUGAGCAUUUUUUCAAUCGCCGACUUCGGAAAUUGUCUGCUAAUACAUUGGAAAUAACUAUAAAAGGGACUUUAGCAUCAUUGCAUUUGUCAGUGGGAUGUGCCGUUCGUACCGCAGAUGCUGUCAGUUUGGGAAUAUCUGCUAUCUACAUCGAUUCAUGUUCCAAUGCGGACGAAAACACAAUUUUCCAGAUAGAUAGCAGCACUGCCGUUCAUAUUAAGAAUAUUCAUAUCGGCCAAAACUCUAAUAUAAAUUGCACAAUGCCCUUUUUCAAAUACGGAUAUGAGUUUGCAUGGAAUGAACUAGAGGAUUUAUUGUCUCUCUUAAAGCUGCAAAAAAUUCAAAACAAAACUAAGGGCUUGCGACCUCAACUAAACGUUCUACUCUCCGGUUCCCCUGGUUGUGGAAAAACAACAAUGCUGCGCGCAUUUUUGGCCGAAUAUAAAUUUAACUGUUUUCAUAUUGCCACAGACUUGCAACAAUAUGCUGGGGAGACGGAAGCUGAACUGCGCAGUGUUUUCAAUAACGCAUUACAUUUGCAUAAUGAGCUUAAAUCCAAAUAUCCUACGGUAAUUAUUUUGGAGAGUUUGGAGCUGUUGUGCCCUGCUCAAAGUAGAGGAUCAUCCACAGCAGAUGCUACCAAUUCUAAUAGAAUUUGCGAACAACUGCUUAAGUUACUAGACGAUUUUCAUAAUACGAAUGCAGGAAUUCUUUGCAUUGCGACCACAUCUGAUUCCAGUGGAAUAAAUGAUAGUGCGCGCCGGCCAGGUCGCUUUCAACAUGAAAUUUCCAUCGAUGCGCCAAACGAGCAAGCGCGUAGAAAAUUAUUCCAAGCUAUGUUUGAAUAUAGUCAAUCAAAACCGUUCUUAAAUAAAAUGAAACUAAAUACGGAGCUUCUUGAUUUGGUUGCGAAAAGAACACAAGGUUUUGUAGCUGGAGAUUUGGCACUACUUGUGCAAAAUAUUGAGCAAAAUCAAAUGAGGCAAAAAAGGGUAAUUGAUGAGGUGGAUGUGGUGAAAUCAGCAUUGAAUUUGAUAAAACCUGCUGCGGCUCACAGUGCCGAUGUUACUGUAAGCAAAAUAAAAGAAGGCUUUGAAUUUAUCGGUGGUAUGGAUAACCUAAAACGUACUUUGGAAGUAAGCUUUUUAACUGGCUUGCGAAGAAGGGAAACAUUUAAACGUUUUGGGCUAAAAUUGCCAAAAGGUUUGCUGCUUUAUGGUCCACCUGGUUGCGCUAAAACAACUUUUGCAAAGUGCCUGUCUAAGGAGGCCGAUAUGACAUUCAUUUCUAUAUCUGGUGCUGAGGUUUAUUCACCCUACGUUGGUUUUGCAGAAAAAUUCAUAUCGAGAAUUUUUAAUACGGCACGAAAAAAUGCGCCAUGUCUGCUAUUUUUCGAUGAAAUCGACGCGCUAGCCGGUCGACGACCCAUCAGCUCAAAUAGUUCGAGUGAUGUACAAGUUCGUGUACUUUCAACCUUGUUGACGGAAAUGGAUGGUAUUAUUGAUGGUGCGGAUGACAGUAACCAAGAAAUACUUGUUGUUGCAGCCAGCAAUCGGCCGGAUAUGAUUGAUGAUGCUUUGUUGCGGCCCGGGCGUUUAAGUAAACAUAUAUUUGUUCCACCACCCGAUUUGCAGUCGCGCAUUUCCAUUCUAGAGCUACACUCCAAACGUAUGCCUUUUGCCGAAGAUGUGAAUUUGGUACAAGUAGCUGAAGCUGCUGACGAUUACACAGGCGCUGAUAUGUGCAAUUUGUCUAAUGAAGCUGCAUUGUUGGCUUUUCAACGCAUUGAAGAGGUCAAAGCUGAUUGUAGAAUUACAGCCAAUGAUUUCUUUACUGCUUUAAAAAAUACAAAAUCUUCGUUGUCGAGAAGUCAUAUGAGUCUAUACUCGAGGUUUCAAAGAAAAAUGGAGACAAAUUAAAUACCGUUGACCAAUUUAAGAAUAAUUGUAAAUGAAAUAGAAAGUGUUGAUUGUUGAUUAUUGACUUAAAAAAAAAAAAUCUUUACAUGCACAAAUGAAUGUAC